AUGGGCGGGGGCGGGACGGGGCGCGCGUGCGCGGGGCGGCAUGAACGGCGCGGGGCGGCGCGAGGCGGGGGUACCCGGGGGGGCUGGUGUGUGUCCCCCCCCCAACACCUCCCCGCUGACCCUACCGGGCUGUGGCACAGGGCGCUGCAGGCCCUGCCGAAGCUGGGGGGCGCCCCCAACCUGCCCCCCCCGAAGUGGGUCACCCCCCCCUCUCUGCGCCGCCGUGGGGACCCCAAGGCCAGGUCCCCCAGGGUGCCCACACCGUGGCACGUCACCGCGUCCUGGGGGGGCCACCAGCCCCUCGAGCUCCCACUGAAGAAAGGGGGGGACACAAAGCCCCGACACCAGGUUAGUGGGGAUGGGGAGAGCCCAUUUGGGGGGGUGCUGCCUGUGCUGGGACCCUCAUCAUCGGGUGCCCGCCUGGUCCUGGGGGGGCCGUGUCACCCCAGGGUGGCCCUGGCGGGGGUGGCAGCAGCGUCCCCCCCCCGACAGGGCAGGAAAGGAGCCACGGACCUGGUGCCGGAGCCAACCCCGUGGGACUCGCAGCGCGGCUGGGGCUGGCCCCCCACGGAGGAGCCGGGGGGGGGUAGGCGGUCCCUGUCCUUCCUGACGGAGGAUGGCACCGAUGACAGUGGCACCUCGGAGCUCCCCGAGGACGGACCCCUCAGCAGCACCCGCAGGUCCCUGCUGGAGGAGCUGGGGGGCGGAUGGGGGGACCCCCCGUCCCUCGCCAUCCCCUCCCUCACCCCGUGGCCCCUGGUGGCCCCCGGGGGCUCGGCUCUCCCCCCGCAGCCCCUGGCCUCCAGCACAAUGCUCUGGGCUGGGGACGAGCCCGGGGAGGGACCCCAGAGCCAGAUUUUGGGGGGAAGAAGAACGAGGGGUCCCCCCCGGCUUCUCCCCAAGCCUCAGGGGGAGUUUGGAGCUGGGGGGUCUCCCCUGUGCCCCCCCCAGCGUUGUGGCAGGGUCCCGGGGGGACACGGGGUGACUCCUGGGGCUCCCCGGUUCCGUGGCUGCUCCGUGGGACAUCGGAGCCCUGGGGAUGGGGACACCCCCUGGGCUGCGGCUCAGGACCACCCUGGUGUCCCCCGGGGACCACCCGUGGGCUGGGCAGGGCCGGGCAUUGCCCCCCCGGGUGCCCCCGAGGUGGGGGUGACAGUGUUUGAGGCGGGGGCCGGGGGAUGUGACCGCCUUGGGGACAGCAGCGCUGGCAGCGAGAGCUUCGUCACCGCCGUGGAGAUCCUGGAGCCCAGCGAGGCCGGGGGGGCCCUGGGGGUCCAGCACCGCUGCUCCCCCCAGCCCAGGGCAGCUGGGGGGCCGGGUGGACCCCCCUCCCCAACUAGAGCUGCCGCCGAGGAGCUCCCCCCCACCAGCCCCCCAAAUCCGGAGCGGGUGCAGGGGGAGGAUUUUGGGGGGGGCUCAAAAGCAGCCCCUGGCUGUGAGGAAGGCUCCGGGGUGGGCGAUGUGGGGGAGCUGCUUGUCCAGCUCCGGGGGUGCAGCCUCCGGGGGUCCCCCCCCCGCACUCCAGAAGCCCCUCACAGCCAGGACAGUCUCGCCCCUGGGGAUGUCACCCCCCGGGGGACAGAGCCCCCCCUGCACCGCCACGUCACCCCCAGGACCAAGAGCCGCCUCCAGGCCGCCGCGGCACGGCUUGGUGCCUCCUCUUCCUCCUCCUCAUCCCUCUUUGACGAGUCGCUGGAGAUGCCCCGGAGGCCCCCAAGGCUCAGAGUCCCCUGGGGGGUCUCCAGGGACCCUGCCCCCCCAGGGAGGGGGGAUGUGUCCAGCGGGGACAGGGAGGGGACGGGAUCUUCGGAUGACACUGAGAUCCUCCCCGGAGCCCCCAGCCAGCCCAGCUUGCCCCCGGGGGCCAGCAGCUCCCCCAGUUCUAGCCCCACGGUCCUGCUGGUCCCUGGGGACCAUGGCCAUCCCCAGGGUGCUCCAUCAGAUGGUCAAGGUUCCCCUGGCUCCAGCCCCACGGUCCUGCUGGUCCCUGGGGACCACAGCCACCCCCAGGACACCCCAUCAGAUGCUCAGGGCUCCCCUGGCUCCAGCCCCACAGUUCUCCUGGUCCCUGGGGACCACAGCCACCCCCAGGACACCCCAUCAGACGCUCAGGGCUCCUCUGGCUCCAGCCCCACAGUUCUCCUAGCUCCUGGGGACAAUGGUCAUCCCCAGGACACCCCAUCAGAUGGUCAAGGUUCUCCUGGCUCCAGCCCCACGGUUCUCCUGGUCCCUGGAGACCACAGUCACCCCCAGGACACCCCAUCAGAUGGUCAAGGUUCCCCUGGCUCCAGCCCCACAGUCCUUCUGGUCCCUGGGGACCACAGUCACCCCCAGGACACCCCAUCAGACGCUCAGGGCUCCCUCUGUGCCACCAGCAGCCCCAACCCCAGGGUGCUGGAGGGUGGCUCUGGGUGGCAGGACCCCUCAACCUUGGGGACACACCAGUCCUGGUGGCCCCAUGGGAGCUUCAGCCACCUCCUGGCCCCACGGCCACCGGGCAGCACCGCGGUGGAGCUGAGGAGCCCAGUGGUGCCCCUGUCACCUGCUGCCUGCUCCGAGGAGCACCUUGAGGACGAGGAGAGGGGACAGGCACCCACUGGGUGGCACAACCCUGGUGGAGAGACCACCACCAGCUCAGAGGAUGCCGUGGUCCAGGAUGGGGGGGUGCACAGGGGGCCACCACGGCCCCUCUCGGACGAAGCCCUGCGGCGGCGGCUGCGGGCGCUGGGGGACAACCCGGGGCCCGUGACGGAGCUCACCAGGAGGCUCUACCUGCGGCGCCUGGAGGAGCUGGUGAGGGGACCCCGGGGGAGCCCAGCAGGUCACAGCCCCGAGCUGGUGGCCGCGCUGCGGACGGGCCACGUCCCCGACUGUGCCCAGGACGAGCUGGUGCUGGCCCAGCAGUUCGACCGCCCCGACCGCACCCGGCACUGGCGGGAAGGGCUGGUCAAGUCCAGCUUCAACUACCUCCUCCUGGACCCCAGGACCACCCAGAACCUGCCGCUGCGCUCCCACCGCCUGAGCCCGGCCCAGUGCUUCAGGACCUUCGUGGAAGCCAUCUUCUACGUGGGCAAGGGGACACGUGCCCGGCCCUACUGUCACCUCGCCGAGGCUCUGAGCCAGCACCGCGCGGGGACACAGAAGGGACCAGGGCGGGGGUGCUGCCUCCAUCCCUAUGGGGCCGUGGGUGCAGCCCCCGUCCCCGGGGGGGCUGUGGGUGCUGACCCCGUCCCCACAGGGCUGCAGACCAUCACCAACCAGCGGAAGGGGCAGUGUUACGGGGUGGCAGCGAGCUGGCCGGCCGAGCGGCGCCGGCGCCUGGGCGUUCAGAUGCUGCACCGGGCCAUGCGCAUCUUCCUGGCCGAGGGCGAGCGGCAGCUCCGGCCACACGACAUCCAGGGUGGGCACUGAGCCACCCCGGGAGGGGUGGGAGCACCCCCUGCCCGAGGAGGUGGCCGUGGGGGUUGGGUUUUUACGUCGCAAACACUGGCAAGGAUUUUUUUUUUCCUAUUUUUCUA